GUAACAGAAACCUUUCAGUUCUUUAAUGUCCUUCCUGAAUUACGGACACUAAAAUGAGUGAGACGACGAAAAAAGUUGUGGUUGUUGGUGGCGGUUUGGUUGGUGCUGUUAAUGCGUGUUUUAUGGCUAAAAGAGGGUACGAGGUUCAUGUAUUUGAACAAAGAGAAGAUAUUCGUAAAAACACAAAGGCACAAGGAAAGUCAAUAAAUUUGGCUCUAUCUCAUAGAGGUAGAAAGGCCUUAAGAACAAUCGGACUGGAAAAAGACGUUUUGGAAAUAGCCAUUCCAAUGAGAGGAAGGCUGUUACACUCUCUAAGUGGGGAAACAAAAUCUGUACCGUACGAUAACGUAUCAAAACAAUGCAUUUAUUCAAUUGGGAGGAAUUUCCUCAACAGCAAAUUAUUACAAGCUGCUGAAAAUUUUCCCAACGUAACACUCUACUUCGAACACAAAUUGACCGCCAUAAACUUAGACGAAGGAAAAACAACAUUUUUAAACACAAUUACAGGCGAACUUAUUGAAAUAACAUCAGACUUAGUUGUUGGUGCGGAUGGAGCCCACAGUACUGUCAGAAGACACAUGGAAAGGAAACCGCUGUUCGAAUUCAGCCAAAACUACAUCGAACACGGAUAUUUAGAGCUGUGCGUGCCGAAAGAGCGUGGCCAUUUAAUGGGCGCCAACCAUUUGCACAUUUGGCCAAGGGGCGAAUUCAUGAUGAUCACCCUCCCCAACCAAGACGGCUCGUGGACCGUUACGCUGUUCAUGCCCUUCAGGAUUUUCGACGAGCUCAGUGACGCCAAAUCCUUGAUUCGCUUUUUCAAGAACACCUUCCCCGAUUCGAUCGAUUUGAUCGGUGAAACGGAGUUGAUCGAUGAUUUUUUUAAAAGGAAGCCCUCCCACCUGGUGUCCAUCAAAUGCAACCCUUACCACGUCGGAAGGAAAGUGUUGUUGAUAGGAGACGCGGCGCAUGCCAUGGUGCCGUUUUACGGUCAGGGUAUGAACGCCGGUUUCGAGGAUUGUACCGUACUGGACAAAAUACUGGACGAAAGCGACGGAGACUUCGGUGAAGCUGUUAAGCGGUACAGUGAAAUUCGUAAACCGAACGCGCAUGCCAUAUGCGAUCUUGCUAUGUACAAUUAUGUGGAGAUGAGGGAUUUGGUUACGAGACCUUCUUACUUGAUUAGGAAAUAUGUCGAUAGUUUGCUGUUUAAAUUUAUGCCUCAGACUUGGAUACCUCUUUACAAUUCGGUCAGUUUCAGCGAAAUGGAGUAUGUUAAGUGUAUUGAGAACAGAAAGUGGCAAGAUAAGAUUAUUCAUGGAAUUAUAGCUGGGCAAGUUGCAUUAUUGGCUCUGUGUGGUUAUAUUGGAUACGAAUUAGUAUAAAGUUUUUCAAAACAUAUUUAUUAUGCAUUAAAUAAUUUAUGUAUUUUAUUCAAUAUAGUGAAAUAUUUUGUUAUUUUUAUAGUUAGUAAUACA